GCAGGCAGCUAAUCAGCUUGUGGCAAGUGGAACGUAGCUCAGAGAGACUGACCACAGACGAGACUAAUGCUGUUAAUUGCAUGUCAAGCAAUCUGUUUAGGUUUUUUUCUGAGGGAGUAGGCUGCUCUGGACACUAGUUUAGAGGAAGAUUGAACGUGAAAGAGCACUUGCAUGACUGGAGGCAACAGUGGUUGUGGUAGGCUGAGGAAAAGGGAGUUGCUGGUGCCCCUGAAUGAGAGAGUACAGUCAUCUCUGAGGAGUAUGGAUGGCAUUCUCCAGCUGUACGGAAGCCUGAGAUUAUCACUCCAUGUCGGAAGCUCAUCCUUUGUGCUGAUAACAGAAAAGAGAUGGAAGAUUGGAUUGCAGCACUGAAAACUGUACAAAACCGUGAACAUUUUGAGUCUACCCAGUACAGCAUGGACCAUUUCUCAGGGAUGCAUAACUGGUACGCCUGCUCCCAUGCCCGGCCAACGUACUGCAACGUGUGUCGGGAGGCGUUGUCUGGGGUCACAUCACAUGGGCUGUCCUGUGAAGUGUGCAAGUUUAAAGCCCACAAGCGCUGUGCUGUGCGGGCAACCAACAACUGCAAGUGGACAACUCUGGCCUCUAUCGGGAAGGAUAUCAUUGAGGAUGAAGAUGGGAUCUCAAUGCCACAUCAGUGGCUGGAAGGAAACCUGCCUGUGAGUGCCAAAUGCACUGUGUGUGAUAAAACCUGUGGCAGUGUCCUGCGUUUGCAAGACUGGCGCUGCCUAUGGUGCAAAGCCAUGGUACACACAGCAUGUAAAGAGUUGUUGCCAAACAAGUGCCCUCUAGGGCUCUGCAAAGUGUCUGUCAUUCCUCCUACUGCUCUUAACAGCAUUGAUUCAGAUGGUUUCUGGAAAGCUACUUGUCCACCAUCUUGCACAAGCCCUUUGUUGGUCUUUGUCAACUCAAAAAGUGGAGACAACCAAGGCGUAAAAUUUCUACGAAGAUUCAAACAGCUGCUGAAUCCAGCCCAGGUCUUUGACCUCAUGAAUGGAGGACCUCACCUUGGUUUACGCUUAUUCCAGAAAUUUGACACUUUCCGGAUUCUAGUUUGUGGUGGGGACGGAAGUGUUGGCUGGGUUCUCUCUGAAAUUGAUAGCCUCAACCUUCACAAGCAGUGUCAGCUGGGAGUGCUGCCCUUGGGAACAGGGAAUGACCUUGCCCGUGUUUUAGGCUGGGGUUCUGCUUGUGAUGAUGAUACCCAGCUCCCGCAGAUCCUGGAGAAGCUGGAGAGGGCCAGUACCAAAAUGCUGGACAGGUGGAGCAUCAUGGUAUAUGAAACCAAACUCCCUCGCCAGGCCUCCACUUCCACAGUCACUGAAGACUGCAGUGAGAAUUCAGAGGUGCAGAAGAUUCUCUGCUAUGAAGAUUCUGUGGCUGCUCAUUUGUCCAAAAUUUUGACUUCUGACCAACAUUCAGUGGUCAUCUCCUCAGCCAAGGUGCUUUGUGAGACAGUGAAGGAUUUUGUGGCUCGAGUAGGGAAAGCCUAUGAGAAGGCAACAGAAAGCUCAGAGGAGUCAGAGGUCAUGGCCAGGAAGUGCUCUGUCCUGAAGGAGAAGCUGGACUCAUUGCUGAAGACACUGAAUGAUGAAGCUCAAGCGUCUUCCUCUCUGCCCAACCCUCCUCCCACCAUUGCAGAGGAGACAGAGGACGGGGAUGGGUCGGGCAGUGCUGGUGACUCUUCGAGUGAGCUCUCGGUGGGCUCAGCAUGCACUGCACGGCCCCAGAUAUUCCGUCCCCGAGAGCAGCUCAUGCUGAGAGCCAACAGCUUGAAAAAAGCCAUUCGCCAGAUAAUAGAGCAUGCAGAGAAAGCUGUAGAUGAGCAGAAUGCCCAGACCCAGGAGCAGGAGGGCUUCCUCCUUAGUCUCUCAGCCUCUGAGGAGGGCAAGGAGCUGAGGAAUGAGGAUAAGAUUUCCAUGCAGUCAUCACACAGCAGCAGCUAUGGUGUGUCCAAGGGGAGGAGCCAGAGGAAAGCCUCCAAGUCUCCUUGCGAAAGACUAAUAAACAAAGGAAGUUUGUCACUGGGCAGCUCUACAUCCCUUCCUCCCCAGACAGGAAGCCGCGACAACUUGCCAAUGCUGAACACAAAAAUCCUCUACCCAAAUAUCCGGGCUGGCAUGUCAGGUUCUUUGCCUGGGAGCUCUGUCAUCAGCCGAUUGUUGAUCCAUGCUGAUCCCUUUAACUCUGAGCCUGAAAAUCUUGAAUGUUACACAGAGAAAUGUGUCAUGAAUAAUUACUUUGGAAUUGGACUGGAUGCAAAGAUUUCUUUGGACUUCAACAACAAACGUGAUGAGCACCCAGAGAAAUGCAGAAGUCGUACUAAGAACAUGAUGUGGUAUGGAGUAUUGGGGACCAAGGAGCUGCUGCACAGAACAUAUAAAAACCUGGAGCAGAAGGUCUUGCUGGAGUGCGAUGGGAGGCCAAUCCCUCUGCCCAGUCUCCAGGGGAUUGCUGUACUCAACAUUCCCAGCUAUGCAGGAGGCACCAACUUCUGGGGGGGAACCAAGGAAGAUGAUACAUUUACAGCCCCUUCCUUUGAUGACAAGAUUUUGGAAGUGGUGGCCGUGUUUGGUAGCAUGCAGAUGGCAGUGUCACGUGUGAUAAACCUACAGCAUCACCGGAUUGCACAGUGCCGGACAGUAAAGAUAGCAAUCCUUGGAGAAGAGGGAGUUCCUGUGCAAGUGGAUGGAGAAGCCUGGAUCCAGCCUCCAGGUUACAUUUGGAUUGUUCAUAAGAACAGGGCACAGACCCUCACCCGAGACAGGGCGUUUGAGAGCACCCUGAAGUCUUGGGAGGACAAACAGAAGUGUGAGUUGUCACGACCCUCCUCUUUCUCUCUGCAACCAGAGAUCAUGUCUGAAGAAGAAUCCACCCAGAUCAUCCAGUUUGGUCAAGCUGCAGGUGCUCUGAUCCACAGCAUUCGGGAAAUAGCACAGUCCUGUCAGGACAUGGAACAGGAGCUUGCCCAUGCUGUCAAUGCCAGCUCCAAGUCUAUGGACAAAGUCUACGCUAAAUCCAAGUCUACAGAGGGUCUGAACUGCAGCCUUGUUGUAGAGAUGGUGAAUAAUGUCAAAGCCCUGCACAAUGAGACAGAGCUGCUGUUGGCAGGCAAGAUGGCACUGCAAUUAGAGCCUCCGCAGAAGGAGCAGCUCCAGGCAGCCCUGGCAGACAUGGACCUCCAGCUGAGGAAACUGGCAGACAUCCCUUGGCUGUGGCAGCUUAUGGAGCCCUGUGAUGAGGAGAACCAGAUGCUGGAUUAUUCUAAACGCAGCCGCAGUGGCAAAUUCCGCCUGGUGACCAAGUUUAAAAAGGAGAAGAACAACAAAAAUAAGGAGACUCACAGUAGCAUGGGAUUGCCGGUUCACCUCUGGGGAACGGAGGAGGUUGCGGCAUGGCUUGAGCACCUCAGUCUUUGUGAGUAUAAGGAUAUCUUCAUCCGGCAUGACGUCCGGGGCUCUGAGCUCCUGCACCUUGAACGGAGGGACCUCAAGGACCUGGGUGUGACCAAAGUGGGUCACAUGAAGAGGAUACUGCACGGGAUCAAGGAGCUGAGCCGGAAUACUCCUGCCAGCGAGGCUUAGCCUCUGUUUUCACUGCCUGUGUCUACCAUUCUCCCUAACUGCACAGCAGUCACCUCACAAAGCAGAUGUGCUCACAACUAUCUCUGCUGAACAGCCAAAUUUUAGCUGUUCAGAGCUCAUAUCAACCAAGCAUGGUGCUACAUUUUUCCUGUGGGGUAUGGCUGCAUCCAGUGGAGAGGUGUUUCCUCUGCAGUUGGCAGAGCCUCCUGGAGAGAACUCACUUGCUGUUUGAAGAGCCAUGUCCUGUGUCGUGGGAAGUUCUGGUUCCAGGGACAGUGCAGGACUCCUGAGAACUGCAACACAGAUACAUUUACUGGAUAUCUUCAUCACAGUAGAAUAAUUCAGGGCAAAAGAUGUAUUGGCCAGUCUUAGUUCAGAAGUAUCUGACAGUCUUUUCAGACCCAAAACUUCCCUGCUCAGCUGUAUGUCACAUUUGUAUUUAGCAUAUUUGAGUGGGAUAAAGCCUCUCCUUGCAUCUUACUAAUCCCUUUUUAAUGCAUCUGUAGUUGUGUGCAAUUUGCAUCUGAAAUUCAAAGCCAGUUCAGACCUCUUCUGAUGAACAUCCAUUUAUUCUCAUUCACUCAUGCUUUUGCAACAAACAGUUCAUGCACUUCAAACAGGGUUUGGAACAACUGGUGGGGCCUUCUGCUGGGCGUGCUCUCCUCUUCCAGCCAGGGGUAGUAGUGCAACCUUUAGGUUUUCACAAAAAAAUGUGGUGCUGAGUCAUCAUAGACAAUUGUUCAGAAAUUCCUGGUAGUAAGAAAAGAAAAUUCUGGAGAGCCAGAUGGCUACAGGAGAUCAGCUCUGACAUUCCUUCUUCUGAAUUCAUGUUUGGAAGACCAGAUAAAAGGGAGAGGAAAGCUAAUGAGCUGUUUGGGCUGCACAAGAAGGGAGAUAUAGGACAAAUUGCUUCAUCUUGGGGUAGGGAGCAGCAUGACUGGUAAUGGCCAGAUGUAGCUUCCUGCCACUUAGUGCCACUUCUGUGGCCACAAACACCAGAGCUGUUUCUUUACUUCAGCUUGCAGUGCAGAAAACUAUUUCUGUCACAGAAUGUGUGAUUUAAGUCUAGUACUUGUAUCUAUUCACGUGUCUUGGUUUUAGUAGCUUUUCCACCUUGCUUCUCUUUCUUGCUGCCUUGCUCCUUCACUCCAGGGUGAUACAAAAGAUUAGAGUAGCUCAGUUCUCCUGGGCUGUACCCCUAAGGGAGAGAUUCCUUAUGCUGUCAAACACUGGGGCUCCUGUAAGAGCACUGAGAGGAUUGUUACCAAGCAAACAAGCAUCAUAAUGAAAACUGGAAUAUGUUGAUAAAUUGUCUUUGGUACCAGCAACAGUGGAGCUGGAAAAAGUAGUGCAUCUGAAUCAGUUUCUAGAUGGCUAACCCCAGUUAGGUGGCUGUUAAAGCCCAAGACUAGCGUGGAUAGUUAUAUCACCAUCUUUAUCACUGCAAAGGGAAUUCAGCAACAGUCAGUGCUGUAAAACUUGAGAGACAGCAGAAAUUUUUAAUUACUCUGUCAUUUUCUGUGUAUUUUUUUUUUAAUUAGUACAGAGUGGCAGCUGACUAUGGCUGCCAACAGAAAAGCCCACAUACACGGUGGCAUAGAAGAUAAUUUGCUGAGGACAUCAUUCUUUUUUUUUUUACUUGUAAGGAUUUUUGUUGAAUUGAUAUCACUUCUCUAGUCUAAUAACAACCAGUCAAGUUACUUUAUGGAAAGGUUUGUCAGCUUAUGAAGGCUCUGAGCUGAUUCCAUUUCAGCUGGGAAAACUCCAUUGAAUUCCCUAGUAUUUCAUCAAGGGUUAUUCUGACUCUCUCUGUCCAUUCUAACCAGAUACAUUCACCCAUGUGUCUCCUUUCAGCCUGGUGAGUGACAGGGUUUGCUCAUGUGAGAAGGUAAAAGAAGACUGAAAGUGCUUGGUUCAGCUAGAAACACUUAUGGUAUAAAUACUGCGGGGCCUGAGCAGGAAAUAUGUCCAGCCUUGCCCUGGAUGUAUUUCUCCAAUGUAUACAUUGGCAAUUGCUUCCAUAGCUGUAUUUUUUAUUUAUCAGUAAAGACUCCCUCUAACUAUAUUGAAUUCCUGAGGCAUCAGGUAAGUAAGAAUUGCAAACAUACUGUAUUGUCCCACUUGAUUGUUGAGGCACAGAGCAGUGUGUGGAUGAAAAUGAGGAGAAACCUUCCUGGGAGAGCCCCAGGAUGCAGCCAUCCUCAGUGGUGGUGUGCAGUGACCUCACAGUGUGUGCAUCCCACUGUCUAUCCCAGAAUUGUGCAUGGUUGGGACAUCCAUGUGCCUUCCCAGGAGAGUGCAGCAGGGGCUGAGGCAGGUGGUAACUGUGGAGAAGAGGUGAGAUCUGUGUUUGUUCCUAUAUGUAGUGAAGGAACUGUUCUAUGAGCUUUCUCCAGGCAGCCUCAUGGUUAAAAAUGUAUAAACAAUAAGUGCUUGCCUUGCAUAAUCCUUGAGGGAUUAAAUUCUUGCUUCCAUAGAAACAGCUUCUCUCUUCCUGCCCAGAGCAACAGAGGAAUCCAAAGAGUUUUUGCAUUCAGGUGUGUUCCUUAAUUCAUGCCAUAUCUAUCAAGACCUGAUGGCCAUUAGCUAUCUGCAUGAGUGAUGAGGCCUGCACAGACCCAUCUUCAUUUCUUUUGCUUAUAUGAUGUGUGUGUCAAUGCCUUUAUAUCCUUUUUGUGCACAUGCACAUUUAUCAAAGGGUUGACAGCCACUAUAUUCCUGUCGGUUACUUAUCAGAGGCAGGGAGGGAGUUCUGCCUUCUUUUAAGAGCUAGAAAACAGGAUCUUCAUUUAACCUGAGUGCCUUUGAAUAUUUAUUAAGGUAUAGAUUUGAAAACCCCCAAAGGGUUGUAGUUCUGUGUGUCUCACUGGGAAUAGUGAAGAUUUCUGUUGUCAGGAUUUUUGUGAAUAGAUGAAGACAGUUUGUCAUGAACAUCAGUGAGCACUAUAUGCAAAGUAAGAAGCCAGGUAGAACUCCUGGCUACAUUAUUCUAAGUUUCUCUUCUGACAAGUGAUAAUUUUUUGUGGGAGAGAAACUCAGGAAAGACUAUUGGUAAAAAAUGUGCUGCUUUGAAAAAAAGACUGUCCAGCAGUCUCAGGGAUACCAGCCUGAGAGAAGCUAGAACUGUCACAUAUCACACAGGUGUUUAGUCCCUGAAGAGAUGCAACUCCUAUGAAAGCCAUGCGGCACUUUCUGUUCUCAUCCCUCACCCCUGGCAGUGGCUGCAGUUUCUUCUGCUUGGAAGAGGCUUCAGUCUGUUCUCUCACAUUCUGGCACCAUCCUGGAUAUUUAAUGGCAGAUUCUGGGGAAUGAUGGUUGGGGCUAAGUGCGAUUGCAUGCAGUGGAGACUGGAGGGAGGUUUGGCUGUUGGCAGUGCCCUGCCCUUGGGAGGGCUGGUGCAGCGUCUGUGUUGUAGCCUGUGGGACAUUGGCAGGAGCUGGAAUGGUGGCCAAGGGGAGCUGUGCCACCGGGUCCCUGCAGGUGCUGGCCUGGCAUCUGGGAGCCUCCAGCUCUGCCGAGGCCUUCAGGGUCAGUGCCACAGCUGCUUCUGCACCCAAAUCAUAUGGAAAGCUUCGUUCAUUGUUUUAGUGUUAUUUAAAAAUGUGCAUAAUAACGAUGUGAUUUAUAAAACAGACUGUUUACAAGACAUAUUUUGUAUCUUAAGAUGUGUGUACUGUAAAAAAAAAAAAUGGCAUCUGGGAGCCUCCAGCUCUGCCGUUUUUCUACAAGUGUCAGCAGUGACUGUAUGUCUGUAUCAUUGUCCACCGACCGUUGUUCCUCAGGGGUCUCCCCACCAUUCCUGUGAUCCUGUCAGAAGCAUCAGGAAGCAAGUGAAUCCCUGUACAGUCUUGGGAAGAAGGUUUUGUGCCUUAAGAAUGGGACCUGCUUCCCUCCUAUUUAUUUUAUUAAUUUAUACAGUGAUUACCAUGGAAGUGUCUCUUGGGGUUUUUUUUGUACAUAGUUUUCUUGUUGUAAAUAUGUUUUUCUUGUAUAUAAAGUAAACAUGUUUCCGAGCUUCCAGUAAGGAUUCUCUGUUGCUGAUUUCAUUGUGAGAGGGCUGUUGUGCCCAUUGGGUGGGAACCAGCUAAUAAAAACCUAUGCUGUGAUUAAAUGGUUUAAUCCUGGCUUGCAUCAGAAGUUCAGAACUGUUCCUUAGAGAGGAGUGAAAGGGUAAAUAUAAGUGUUGUACACUAAUUUUGUAGCAUUUUUCUGUUAGUUUAAUUGGCAUGGAGUAGAAGACAUCAGGUAGUUUAAUUUUUUUUAGCUAUGUCUUGCAGUGAACAAAAGAUGUUUUCAAUGUGGUGCUUCUACUGGUGAGCAUCCUGAUCAAAGCUCUGCUGGCAGCAAACCCACAGCUCGAUGGGAAGGCUCUGUCAGGCUCAGCAGGGCUGUGUUGGUUACCCCUCCUCAGGUGGCUGUUCCUGGCCAAGGUAAUGCACUGCCAGGAUGGGACGGGAACAGUUGUUCUCCAUUUGGGCCUCUGUGUGUUCUGUUUAUUGCAGGCAAUAUGUACAGUGUCUGGAGUAAGUGAAAAUGCAUUUACAAAAAUGUGGGAGAAGUGAAUUUUGAAAUGUAGGAACUGAGUGCCGUAAAUGAAACCUGUAAACUUGAAACAAAAAAAUUUGGAGGUGUUUGA